CUUCUUGGCAAAACUAAUGGCAAUUUCCUUCAUGUCGGCUGGUUUCUUCUCCUUUCGUUCGGUUUUGUUUUCAUUCUUGAUUUCACCAGCACCGAGAUCACCAGAUUCGCUGCUCGAACUGUCCAUAUUCCUUUAAACGAGCCAUUAUUACUAUUAUUAAACGUAGGUAGUUAAUCUAAGCGGAGGUCUAGGUCAGAUCAAAUUUUUAAAUUAAACGUUUUAUAUAAAUUGUACGAAAGCGGUUUGCUGUGUUUUUAGGAGCGGUAUAUAUGGGAAUAAAGAUGUGUGCGGCUGUUUGCGAAAUUAUGUCAGAACUAUCGAUUUUUGUCGCUUGAAUAAUGUUGUGUUUGGUGGCCAGUAAAGUUUGCGUGCCAGUGGCGUGUAAUUAUAAUAUUAAAAAUAAAAGAUACUACACUAGAACAAUUAAUUAUACAGAUUGGCAGAACUAAAUUUAAUAGAGAUCCUAAAUUUGACUUUAUUGGCAAAGGCAACCGAGCACUGACUGAAAAAGUUAAACCCAACAUGUUCGGUCCUUUGUCUGAUAAAUAUCCAUCGAUUUAUCCACGUGGAGAAACCAUAGAAAUACCCGGUUGGAUAGCUUUUGACAAAAAAGUCCUGCAUUUUCAAGGAUACUGGGAUGAUCAAAAGACAUUAUAUGGUUACAUACACCAUUUAGAAAUUCGAUAUUAUCUAGCAGAUGAUACGAUAGAAAUAAAAGAACUACAGGCGGAAGCUGGUGGUGAACCAGCAUUUAUGUUUUUACGAAGAGGAAAACUGCCUAAACUUUAUAAAGAUCUAGCCGCUCCUGGUCACGAUUCAAACUACACGGUACUUAAUGUCCUGGGUUCUGCGCUUGGUAAUCGUAGAUAUAUUAUGGACCCUCUUGACUGUGGCAAAGAAACUAUAGAUUAUUACUGCGAGAAAGAUCUUAGUAUUGGAGCGAUUAUAAACUGUUACGGAAGAAAAAUAGUUCUCACCGAUUGUGAUUCAUUUACCAGAGCAUAUUACGCCGAAAAGUACGGCAUAAGCGAAUUUACACCAUUACAAAUACCCGAUAGUCAGAAAUUAUUCAAAAUUAUUCCUCCCCCAAAACAAAGAGAACUUCCACCUUGGAAUGGUUUCGGUACUCACGAGGAUUCAGCUCAAAAUUGUAUAACUGUAGAGCCAAAGGCACCUUUCAAGGAUUUCAAGAAAUUCCUUAUGUAUGACAGGGAUGGACUGGAUAGCCACAUAUUAAGAUUCGCAGCUAGAAUGAAAUCAAAGAUUCCAGAAAAUUGCGACAGAAAUUUUAUUAUUAGUUAUUACUUAACUGAUGAUACCAUGGCUAUAUUUGAAACAGCCAGAAAAAAUUCAGGAUUUAAAACAUCUUGCUUUCUUUCGCGGUGUAAAGUAAAAUUGCCAGGACAAAAGAUGUUUGACAGUAAACCACCAUGCUGUUACACACCUCAACAUAUGUUUAUUGGUGCUACUUUGAUAGUCAACGACUUCGAAUUUAUUUUGAUUGAUGCUGAUGAAUAUUGCUUGCGGUUUAUGGAAUUAAACGCUAGUCAAUAUCCCAAAGCUAAUAUCGGCCUCAUUAUGGACAAAGUAAGAGAAAAAUUGAGACCAAUAUAUAAAGACUUUGUGGCCGCCAAUGUCAAUGCAGAACAAGAGACGAAAGUAAUUUCUUAUGAUAAAUUAAGGUCACAGCUAUGUCAAAUUAUGGGACCAGACUUUACUGAACAUGAUAUGGUUACGAUAUCAAGAGCGUUUUCGGCCGUUUGUUAUAAGGAGCGCUAUGAUCGAGACAAAAUACGGGCAAUGACACUAACAGAAUUAAAGAGAUUUUUAUGGGACGAUCUAGAUCGUCUUAAAGAAUAUUUAAUUCAAGCUGAUACCAAUAGAACCGGUAAAUUAUCUCAGAAGGGAUGUAGGACGGUUUUAAAAUCUUGUCGACUACCUCUAGAUAAUGUCUUAAUUGAUAAGAUAUUGUCAGUAAUGAAAAAAGACGAAAAUUGUGAAAUUAUAUACGAGGAUUUGCUACAAUUUUUUGACAGAAACGUGAAUCCAAUGUCUGACGUUCCUCCAAGUAAUAUUAAGUUUGAAUUGUGGUGGGGUUCCGAAAAAGAACCGGAAGCUGGUACAAUGAUCGACUGGUGCGAAUUUAAUAAAUACCUUGACUUGGAGUACACCUUUACAGAAGCCAUUAAAGACGCGUCAAUAGAUGACACCCUUAAAGGAGUCGAUCAGCAAAAUAAUACCUAUAAAGAGUAGAUUACGAAACUUUUAUUUUGAAUCUCUUUAUACCAAAACAAAUAUUAUUUAUUAAAUAAAGAUUGGUAUACAAUUUAUUCCUUUUUGCAUGUUGUGUUUUCUUUAUUAUCUUUGCAGGCUUUAACUGGAUCUGACAUAGCGGUACCUUCCAUAUCCGGUUUUUUCUUGGAUUGCACAUUCGCUACCAAUAAUCUUAAUUUGGCAAUUGCUUUAC